AUGGCGUCUCGCAGGUUUGAGCCAAAAGACUACACGGUGGGAUGGGUGGGUGCGCUCCCCGUAGAGCUUACAGCUGCUUCACAAAUGCUGGAUGAGGAGCAUCCAGAACUUCCCCAUGAUCCAAACGAUAACAACAUUUAUACGCUCGGUCGAAUCGGCAGCCACAAUGUUGUCAUUGCGUGCCUUCCUGCUGGCCAGUUUGGGCCAACCUCAGCCGCCGCAGUUGCCGUCCAAAUGAAGUCGAAGUUCCCAGCGAUACGCGCUGGGCUGAUGGUAGGCGUUGGGGGAGGUGUUCCUGGCUCUGUUGACGUUCGACUUGGCGAUGUGGUCGUCAGUCAGCCGGCUGCAGACCAUGGCGGAGUGGUGCAGUACGACUUUGGGACGGCGACGGCAUCAGGACUCAAGCGGAAGGGCUUUUUGAAUGCUCCACCGGCCAUCUUGCUAAACGCCGUGAGCAAACUGCGUGCAAACCAUAUGAGGCGCCGCAGCAGCAUCUCGCAGCAUCUAUCUUCGUUCGAAGACCUCCCUCGGUUUCAGCGGGCAAAUGCCGGAGUUGACUGGCUCUUCGCUUCUGAAUACACCCAUGUUGAAGGCCCUACUUGUGAGACUUGCAGCAAGGAUCACUUGGUUGUGCGAGCACCUCGGGGGAACGAUAGUGUUGAAAUUCACUAUGGAACCAUUGCUUCAGGUAACCAGGUCAUCAGAAGUGGCAUCACCAGAGACCAGUUGAGUACAGAGCUGGGCAAUGUGCUCUGCUUCGAGAUGGAAGCUGCGGGCUUGAUGAAUGGCUUCCCCUGCAUUGUGAUUCGGGGUAUUUGCGACUAUGCAGAUUCCCAUAAGAACAAGAAUUGGCAGCCAUACGCUGCAGCAACCGCUGCUGCUUACGCUAAAGACCUCUUGUCUGUUAUACCUGCAUCUGAUAUUAUGGAAACAUUUUCUGUUCAGGGCAGUCAGGCAUCACUGCAUUAUGAACAGUCCGUUCUUUUUUCAGGCCAGACGCUGGGUUUUGGCAAUCCUCAGAGGAAAGGCACGCUUAGCAAAUCUGAGAUUUUAAGGCUGAGUCAAGAGGCAUACACGCUUUAUAGUACCCUACGGGGCAGCGAGGAAGCACACUCUAUCGUCGGGCUUUCCGAUGACCUUUUUGGACUCCACUGCUCACUCAACCACCUUUCAAAAUAUAAUGAUCCAGAUAUUCAGCCAGGUCAAAACAGCGGGUGGCAAACAAGUAAUAUCUUCAAGCGACCUGAUGUUCUGAUGCAUCGCUGCAGUGGUGUAUUGGAGGGGAUCCAAAAGACCCUCAAUGAAAAUCAGGGGCCAGAAGUAUUUCUUGGUGAGAGACCGGAUUUGGCAGAGGUGCAGACUACGCCUGGUGAGAUGUCAACACAAACCAAGGCCGCGCUGGUGCAAGCCGAGUUACAAUGGUGCGCUUCAUCUAUGGACAUCCUGCUUGACGGACUGUUACGGUCAAACCAGCCGAAGAUGAAUGGUGAGAGCGGCCGGAAACCUGUACCAGCAGUAUACGGAGCGCGAAUACCAGAGGCGCCUUCAAGCUCUGGGCAGCGUACACAGAAACGACUGGGUUCUGCAACUGUGCAAGACAAUCUGGCAGGGACAAGUAACAAACCACCGAGAAUUCCAGGUAUGGACUUGAUAUCUAUCUGCUGUUGCAAUAUAGCUCAUUAG